CCACCCGCCCGCCGGCUCCCCCGCCGGUCCCGGGCCGAGCCAGUGCGGGGCUCGGAGCCGCGCGGACCCGCGGCAUGGAUCGCCGCAUGGACGCCUGCUUCCUGGGCGACGUGGGCUUCUGGGUGGAGCGGACGCCGGUGCACGAGGCGGCCCAGCGGGGCGAGAGCCUGCAGCUGCAGCGGCUGAUCGAGAGCGGUGCCUGCGUCAACCAGGUCACGGUGGACUCCAUCACGCCGCUGCACGCCGCCAGCCUGCAGGGCCAGGCCCAGUGCGUUCAGCUGCUGCUGGCGGCAGGGGCGCAGGUGGACGCGCGCAACAUCGAUGGCAGCACGCCUCUGUGUGACGCCUGCGCCUCGGGCAGCAUCGAGUGUGUGAGGCUCCUGCUCUCCCACGGGGCCAAGGUCAACCCGCCCCUGUACACCGCCUCCCCCCUGCACGAGGCCUGCAUGAGCGGAAGCUCUGAGUGCGUGAGGCUGCUCAUCGACGUCGGGGCCAACCUGGAAGCACACGACUGCCACUUUGGGACGCCUCUGCAUGUGGCCUGCGCCCGGGAGCACCUGGACUGCGUCAAGGUGCUGCUCAAGGCAGGGGCCAACGUGAACGCAGCCAAACUGCAUGAGACGGCCCUGCACCACGCUGCCAAGGUGAAGAACGUGGACCUCAUUGAGAUGCUUGUGGAGUUCGGGGGCAACAUCUACGCUCGAGACAAUCGGGGCAAGAAGCCCUCAGAUUACACGUGGGGCAGCAGCGCCUCUGCCAAGUGCCUGGAGUUCUAUGAAAAGACGCCCCUGAGUCUGUCUCAGCUCUGCCGAGUGAGCCUGAGGAGGGUGGUGGGCGUUGGGGGCCUGGAGAAGAUCGCCAAGCUGGACAUCCCGCCUCGGCUCAUCAACUACCUCUCCUACAGCUGAGCCUCAGGCGGGCAGCUGCCCCCAGUGUGGCCUCAGCAGCUCAGGGAGACCUCGCUCCUGGGCCUUCUCUCUGAGACUCCAAGACCAUGUCCAGGGCACGGCUAUCCCUCAGCCUCUGCGCCCGGCCUCCUGCAACUCUGCGCCAAUGCCACGUGGGCCUGGAUGCCCUCUGCUCGCUGCUGCCCUCUGCAGAGGGGUCUCUGGGGAGUUUCCCUGAGCUCAGAGGGAGACUGGACAGGGUUGGGGUCACGUCUGCCCACUGGCUCCCCCACGCCUGGGAAGUGAGCUGCAGAGACCCACCUGUCCGGGGCCUGGCAACCUCCUGACUCCCUCAGGGCACCCUGGGUCACUUCCUGUCCUGGGCGCUGCUUUGCUGGGCUGCCACCAGGAUGCUGCUGCUGUGGCCCGGGCCCCUCCUGAGGCCACUGUGCCCGGUGUCCUCAACCCUCCAGGCCUUUCAUCUGGUCUUGCUUGGGGGAGGUGAGGGGGGUCUGAUUGGCCCCAACUAUUGGUUUCUUAGGACGCUUACCUUCAGUUUUAGGUCUUGAGCCUUUAAAAAAAUGUUUCUGUAGAGGCCUCACGACUGGGAGAGGCUGUAGCUGCAGCCCAGAGGUUUCAUCUCACAUCGUUCAAAUAAAAGGACCUUUGUGACCCA